CACAGGAACAAAAAUGAGCGGGAGAAUUUGUGUUGUUGUUGUGGGCCAAAUACAGUGCCGGACUCUAUGAAAGAUAUUAAUAUUUUUUUUGAUAUACUAACAUUUUAAUGCUUAUCUUCGCUAUUAUUUUGAAAGUAAAACGAUCGCAAAUGCAAAAUUAGCAUCAAGACCUGCCGAACUGCCUAAACAAAGAAGAGUGUAAUGUAAGCGGCGAAUGGCGGUCUGCUACCAGACACGGGCAUGUUGGGAUUGAAACGGAGAACCGGACUAUCUGCAGGUUUAUGAGCUUCACUGGCGGAUACACAUUUUCUUUAACCAAGGGUGGACACGAUGUCCCAGGUCAAAGCCAAAAAGAAACUGCAUUAUUAUCAAGGACAUGAAAUAGUCAGUUCUGAAUUCAAGAUCGAUAAAAUCUUCACCCUGCGUGAGAUUGACAAUCUCUUCGAUGACAUUGAUGCUGACUCUGAGCUGGGUUUGCCUCUGCUUUCUCCCUUGCCCAAAAGCACUGGUGUAAAUAGUGAGAAGAAAAGUGAAAGUUCUUCUGAACCAGAAAAGAUGAAGGCAUCAUCUAAACAGGUGCCCAAGGAUACUUUGAUCCAUGAAAAUGGCAUUCAAGAGGAUGAAAUGAUUGAUAAAGAGAGUCCUUUUAAAGAAAUUGCUCCCAUAAAGACGUCCAGCCCUAUUAAUUUGGCAACAGAGAGGGAUGAAACAGUGGAUGGAGUCAGACCUGUGGCUGAUCCUCUUCUCUUUGUUGAGGACGAGGAACCCAUUGGUGGAGACUUAAGCAAGGCAUCCUGCACUCAGCAGUCAGAACCAGUGAAGGAUUCCCUCUGUGGGGAUAGUGAGUCUCUGGCAUCACCACCAGAAAGGCUUGAGUUUAGAAAAACUUCUAAAUCAAAUGCUGGUUCCUUAUCAAGUACAAAGCCUGCUAAAACCACUAAAAUGUCAGAGCAGGCCACACAGUCGUCACCUCCAGAAACUAAGGAAGAUUUAACAAUGGAUAAAGAUCCAAGUCAGCUUCCUCCUGAAAGUGAACCAAAACUUGAGGAGGUGGAGCAAUGCAAGAAUCAAGUGGUGGAGGAUCCAGGCAGAGGAUUGUCUUUCCAGCACAAGCUUAAAAAGGCCUUGAUGCCUAAAUCCACAUGUUCCAGGAAACAAGCAGCAGUUCCAGGUCCUUCACCUGCAGAUUUAGAGGAGGAUUUCAUGAUCCUAGACGAUGAGGCUCCUGUUCUUUUUGUCAUUCCUCGCAAGGCUGAGGUCAGCAGGAACAAAAGACCUGUUCCUGCAGACACCGCAAAGAAGAAUCUUCUAACAGAGCCGAACUCUAUAGAUCAGCUCUCACAGAGUGAAACAGACAUGACUACUCAGCAUGGGAAGGAUGCUAAAAAAAAUAAAGCGCAAAUAGAGUCUGGUAAACAAAAAACGAAAGGAAAACGUGGAAGAGCCUCAAAAAAGAGUGCCAAAGACUCUGUUACUCACGAUAGUGUUGAGGAUGGAGCAGAUCUUGUAACUGAAAUGCCAGAGGAAAGAGUUUCUGAUCAGAGCUCUUCUCAAACUGUACAGGGACACAAAACUGUGCCAACAGGAAAGAAACGUGCAAAGAGCAAGGCACCUGAGCCUGCUGAGCUUUCUGACAAAGAUGAAACGAAUACAGGUGGCAGUCAAGAACUCCCAGUUCCUGAGUCUAGGGCCACAAAGAAAUCCUUAAAGUCAUCUAAACAGGAGAGACCAAGACCAAAAGCUAAGAAGGAAACCAAUAAAGACACUGCUGAAGCAGAUCCUCAUCCCACAAAAUCCAACAAAAAAAGAAAGAAUGACAAAAAGGAAGAAACUGCCUCUAAGACAAAGAAACAAACAUCUAAACAACGAAUAGAGUUGGAACAGAUAGAUCCUUCCUGUGAGGAGCAAGAGCAUGAACCUUUACCUGCUCUCAAUGAGAGAGAGGAGGAACAAACGACAGCUGUAAAUAAACAAUCUCACAAGAAAAAUACUGUGGAUCCAGGCAAAAAACAGAAGAGGAAAGAGAGAAAAAGCGUGGAACCAAAAGCAGAGGAUCCACCAACAAUAGCAUCCGACAUUUCUUCAGACAGUCCUAUGUGUUGCAAGAGGAGGAGGAAACCUCCAGGAGAAUGGUGGCUCACUAGCCCAAAUGAAAGUACGACGGAGCCUCAGCCAAAGCAAGUGUUGGAUACGUCACAAGGACCGAAAGCCAGUACUAAAACAUCAACAAAGCAAGCAGCUGCUGGUGAUUCUGAGGAAACGCAGCCUAUCAGGCCUGUCCAGGGGAAUCAGAAAAAGCAGAAGACUCUCAAUGUGUUGGACAGUGCUAAAAAGAAAAUAGCUGGUGGUGAUGGACACAAUACUGGAGCUGAGCAGAAGACUGCUAAGAAAAAAGGUGGUCGAAGGAAACCAAAAUCAGCAGUCACUCAACCUCAAGAAGCAUCACCAGGAGAGGAAGCAGGAGCUUGUCCGAAUGAGAAUGAUGUGGAGAUCAGUCCAGAAUUUUGUAGUCCUAACAGAAAGCACAGUGUCCUACCAGGUGAGAAGAGAGUGUUUGACUGGGUCUACUCACGUGAAACUGGAUCUGCACAGAAACAAACUUCAUCCUCUUUUCGAAAACCAGACAGUUCUGUACCCGACAACGCUCCACAAAAAAGACAAAGGAAAGCUCCAUCCAAUUGGUGGGAGGCGCAGCAGUCUCAGGAACCAGCUGAUGUGCUUCCUACACCUUGCAGUCCUCCUCCACAAAAGUCCAAACUAACAAGUACUCCUCUUCGUGGUGUGUCUAAUAAAGACAGAAAUUCAAUGAAAUCACAAAAAACUAAGAAUCAUGCCAAGAACCUAAAAAGAAAUAUUAUCAACACACCAAAAUCAAUCAAACGAUCUUUAGCCUCAAUGAAUGCUAUUUUUGCUUCGGAAAAAACUGAAAAUGUGGUAAAAACUGGACUAAGGUGCAGGAAACAGGGACGUAGAAACCUCCUUCACUCUCUUGAGGACCAGUCGGAUCACUCAAGUGAGAAUAUGGCCCAAAGUGAUGAUCAGCUGCAGGGAAAUGGCCGUGCCUCCUUUGGCUUCACCAGUGGUGUUACUGUGGAACCAUCAGGGACCAGAAACAAAACAAGUAUCCGAGUAUCCAGUGGACCAAACACGUUAUCUGAUGUUGACGUUGCUUUCAGAAGUGGGCCUUCAUCAAUGCUUGAGCUUCAGCGACAUGAAGAGGAUGAUGAUAUUGACUUGCCGUCUUCUAGAAUGAUGCUGUCGUCGAGAGUGACCGCGCAUGUGCGACAGGCUCCACGGGUGUUGGCACAGUGUGACCUCUGUGGGCCUCCACUGCAGCCUAUUGUACUGGAGGAAGAGGAUUGGAACAACCUGCAUGAGUGGUUCUCUCACCUGUGGCCCCCAGCCUCUAAAGACGGGAGAGUUAUUAGUCCUGAUGACUUCCACUGGCACUCCCAUGGAGGCCGAGCAAUGGGGCACGUGGUUGACCUCCAGAGCCAGUCUUUCUCACACGGAAAGAUUCUGCUGGGGUCGUUCAUGAAGAAACCCUCACAGGUGGACCUUGAUACAGUUUCUGUAUUCAGCGUUAUCUCAAGUUGUGUGCGUGUUGAUAUUGAUGGCGUAAAGUCAGUCUACAAUUCUGGACAGGUGUUUAUGAUACCCUCUGGACAAAUGUAUAGCAUUCAGAACCUCUGUCAGGAGCCUGCGGUGUUGAUUUACCACAGGACACAGUCAAAUGACACACAGAGCUGAUUGACAUUGACUUGUCAAUUUCUUUGAAAUCUGUAUAUUUUUUAAAGAACAAUUUGUAGAUUAUUAUUUCAAAACGUCUACUAGUUGUGUGGCAAAGCUAGUUGUUUUUGUGUAAA